GAAGCAGCCAAGAAAAUUGGGUGAUCGAAAAUCGUAGCACCACUCGAUGAGGAUUGGUCUGGAUUGGAUCCUUUGUGACAAAUCUAUAUAAAUAAUACGUUCCACGCUCAGAUAAAGACAGUAGUAGUUCUUGCUCUCUCCAGAGCCGAAGAUAUUUGCAAAGAUGAGGGGAGGUGGGUUGUGGCAACUUGGUCAAUCAUUUACUCGCCGUCUGGCUCAGGAUAAGAAAACUAUAGUUCGUCGAUGCUUUGCAUCAGAAACUGAGCUCAAGAAGACAGCUCUCUAUGAUUUCCAUGUUGCCAAUGGGGGGAAGAUGGUUCCAUUUGCUGGUUGGAGCAUGCCAAUCCAAUACAAGGACUCAAUUAUGGACUCUACGUUAAACUGCAGGGAAAAUGGCAGUCUAUUUGACGUUGCUCACAUGUGUGGUCUAAGCCUCAAAGGAAAGGAUUGCAUUCCUUUUCUUGAAAAGCUGGUGGUUGCCGAUGUUGCUGGUCUUGCACCUGGGACUGGGACUCUGACAGUCUUCACUAAUGAGAAGGGAGGGGCUAUUGAUGAUUCAGUGAUCACCAAGGUGACAGAUGAUCACAUAUACUUGGUCGUGAAUGCUGGAUGCAGAGACAAGGAUCUUGCUCAUAUUGAGGAACAUAUGAAGGCAUUCACGUUGAAAGGUGGGGAUGUGUCGUGGCACAUCCACGAUGAGCGGUCUCUUCUGGCUCUCCAAGGUCCCCUUGCUGCCACAGCUCUACAGCACCUGACAAAGGAAGAUUUGAGCAAGGUGUACUUUAGCGACUUUCGGAUCUUGGAUAUCAAUGGGGUGCCUUGCUUUCUUACACGAACAGGGUAUACAGGUGAAGAUGGGUUUGAAAUUUCAGUUCCUUCAGAGCAUGCAGUUGAUCUGGCAAAAGCUAUACUGGAGAAAUCUGAAGGCAAAGUACGGUUGACAGGAUUAGGCGCCCGAGACAGUCUUCGACUGGAAGCUGGGUUGUGCUUGUAUGGAAAUGACAUGGAACAGCACACCACACCAGUCGAGGCAGGACUUACGUGGGCCAUAGGUAAGAGAAGACGGGCUGAAGGAGGAUUCCUUGGUGCUGAAGUAAUACUCAAACAAAUCGAACAGGGACCAUCCAUUAGGCGAGUUGGUUUUUUCUCCUCAGGUCCACCUCCAAGAAGUCACAGUGAAAUUCAGGAUGAGAAGGGGCAAAACAUAGGGGAAGUCACCAGUGGAGGGUUUAGCCCCUGUCUGAAGAAAAACAUAGCCAUGGGAUAUGUGAAAUCUGGACUCCACAAGGCAGGCACCAAUGUAAAAAUUAUCAUUAGGGGUAAGUCCUAUGAUGGAGCUGUUACAAAAAUGCCUUUUGUACCCACAAAGUACUACAAGCCAUCUUAA